AUGAGGAGUCGGAAAUUAACUGACAAGGAAAAAGCUGAAAUCCGUGAGGAAUUGAAGGGUGUUAACAUGAAAGCAGAUGAAAUUUUAAAAGAACAAAAAUUAUCGGAAUUAGACCCUUCAACUAUUCCCCAAUUCUACAAACAUUUUUACGAGCAAGGCAAAAUGUUGAUUAGAGCAAGGACCAAAGCGUCCGUUAAUCGGACCAAGGAGGAAUUGAGGCACAAAUGGUAUAAUCAAGCCAAAAAAGAUAUAAUGCCGAAGUAUGAAAGUAAGGGAAAAUGGCCUAGAAAUCGAAACUUUCUUCCUGAAAAGAUUAAAGGCAAGAAAGUAUCGGGUUAUCCCCCCCCAGAUGCGACUUUUAAUUUUUUUCUGGACGUGAAUAAUAUGAAUAGAAGUAGUGGAAAAGAACUGAUUGUCCUAUUCCAAAAGCCUUUUCAAGUCAAUUACAUAGGCUAUGAUGGCUUCCUUACAUCCGAGGAUAAAAAAAACACCGAGGAAGGAGAACUUUUUGGUAUAACUGAUUAUGGAAAAUUGGAAGGAGAUGAGUGGAAUGAUGGAACUUCAUAUCGAGCGUGGGGAAAAGAUGAAAAAGGAGCGAGAUUUUAUGAUGAUAUCUGUUUUGAAGCAUUGGCGGAUACUAUUGCCCAUGAAUUGGCUCACGCCAUAGUCGCCACAUUUGAGUUUAAAUAUGAGGGUGAAGAAGAAGGAGGUCACGGCAAAUUAUUCUAUGACAUAUGCAAAGAAAUAGAAGAAAUG